AUGGCCUGCGUAGUCGGCAUUAUGGUGUGCUACCUGCUCGGAGAAGUGAUAGAGGUAAAGAGCGGCGGCCACAGCUUCUGCCAGUGGCGAUAUCUAGCACUUGUACCCCUGCUGCUAGCGGCCAUGCUCUUCCUUCUGGCGCUGCCGAUCCCGGAGUCUCCGCGGUAUUUGGCAGCUCGCGGAAAGGCAGAUGCCGCCCGACUCGCGCUGGCAAAACUCCGUGGGGGUGCCCAAUACAUUGGAUCUGAGCUUGAGGAGAUCCACGACACAAUCCAGCAGAGCUCGGAAUCGAGCGGCGGAUUGGCAGACUUGUGGCAGGAGAAGCUGGCCUUUGGCAUUGGACUCAUGUUGAUGUUCAUCCAGCAGUUCAGCGGCGUCAAUGCCGUCAUCUUCUUCCAAAACACCAUCUUUAUGGAUGCCGGUUUCGAAAAUGCAGCAAGCCUCGGGUUCUUGGUGAUGCUGGUCCAGGUCAUCAUGACAGGGGUGUCCAUCCCUUUGAUGGACACGGCAGGGCGCAAGGUCUUGCUGCUCAUAGCAUGCUGCGGCAUGACAGUUUGCUGCGCGGGCAUGGUGGUCUUCUUUGCCUUUAGCGGACCUUCCUGGCUGGCACUCGUGUCUUCCUUUCUCUACAUCGCCUUCUUCUCUCUGGGUCUGGGUCCCAUCCCGUGGCUCAUGAUGGGCGAGAUCUUCCCUGGCAAGAUCCGGUCAUCGGCCUCUUCAUUCGCGGCAGCAUUCAACUGGACCUGCUCCUUUUUGACGACAGAGACGAUCUCUGGGCUGCAAUCACUGAUUGGCUUUGGUGGCGUCUUCGGUGUCUAUGGUGUGGUGCUCGUCUUUGGCGCCGUUUUCGUGGCGACCUUCGUGCCAGAGACAAAGGGGCGAUCUUUCGCAGAGAUCGAGGCCAUCCUCAAGAAAGGACGUGGCCGAGACGUACCGCUGAUAUCGCCUUCGGCGGCUUGA